AUGUUCUGCGCCACGCAUCGAUGCGGCAGCGGUAAGCGUGGUCGAGGAGAUGUGGGUGUCUGUUUGCUGAUGCGCAAAAAUUAUGUCGCAGAGGAGGGAGAUAUCUGCAUCUGUCUACCAUAUGGUGUUUGGGAAACAAGGAACAUGGAAAAGAGACAAAUACACAUUGGUAACAAUCCUUCUACCAACGUUGCUCUGUUCUCGCUAUUCGACAAAUGUUACACCAAGAACGGUGUCGGUGCUCGAAAAGUGAAACUUCAGCCCUCAACAGAACCCUAA